UGUUUGAUGGCGCCGGUGGCAGAAGGAAAGAAGUCUGGCGAGUCUUCUAAAACAGAUGAAUUUAAAAAGGAAUCAAAAGACAAUCUAGAUAAAAAAAAGCAAGAUGAGGCAAAAGAAAAAGAAGAAGCAGAAAUGUCAGAAGAAGACAAACAACUUCUGGAGGAACUUAAUAUGCUUGUGCAGAGAUUAAAGGAAGAUGACACAUCUUUGUACAAGCCUGCAUUAGAAAGUUUACGAAAGCAAAUACGAGCAAGCACAAGUUCUAUGACAUCUGUUCCCAAGCCACUGAAGUUUCUCCGACAACAUUUUGACUCCUUAAAAGAAUUAUACCAAAAAUGGCCUGACAGUGACAAUAGACGCUUUUUGGCAGACAUAAUAUCAGUUCUGGGCAUGACAAGACCUGAAGAACGUGACUGUUUGAAAUACCGUUUUCUUGGUGCACUAGAAGCUUUAGAAUCCUGGGGCCAUGAAUAUGUGAGGCAUCUAGCAGAAGAAAUCAGACAAGAAUAUACUGACAGAACAGAUGGUAAAACUGAGGAUCUUAUAAAGCUGGCGAAAGAAAUUAUACCAUACGAUAUGAAACAUAAUGCUGAAAUUGAUGCUUGUGAUUUGGCUAUGGAAAUUGAAAGAUUGGAUCUAUUACAAAUUUACGUUGAUAAAUCUACUUAUCAGCGUGUUUGCCUAUAUUUAAAGAGUUGUGUAAAAUAUGUUCCUGAACCAGAAGAUUCUCAAUUACUCAAAUGUGCGCUAGAUAUUUACUUGAAGUUCAACUGUUUUCCAGAAGCACUUAAUCUAGCUAUUCAAUUAAAUGAUAUUGAUCUGAUUAAGCAAAUCUUCAAAGACUGCACAGGAAGUGAUGAUAAAAAGUUAAUGCAACAACAGCUAGGUUAUAUUCUUGGUCGUUUACAGAUAUUUUUGGAGAUAGACGAAGACAUAGAAGAUUCCGACUUUUUAGCCGAUAUUAUUUCAAAUGCACAUCUUAACAAUAGUUUCUUAGCUCUAGCACGUGAGCUGGAUAUUAUGGAGCCAAAAGUACCCGAAGAUAUAUAUAAAAGCCACUUGGAUUCAAGGCCUUUUUCAACAUCUUCAGUAAGUUUGGACAGUGCAAGACAGAACUUGGCAUCAUCAUUUGUCAAUGGGUUUGUAAAUACUGCAUUUGGAAAGGACAAAUUAUUAACAGAGGAUGGCAACAAAUGGUUGUAUAAAAACAAAGAACAUGGUAUGUUAAGUACUGCAGCUUCUCUUGGUAUGUUGUUACUUUGGGAUGUUGAUGGUGGCCUCACACAAAUAGACAAAUAUCUAUACUCUACAGAAGAUUAUAUCAAAGCUGGUGCGUUACUGGCAUGUGGUAUUGUUAACUCUGGUGUUCGUAAUGAAUGUGACCCAGCUCUUGCUUUACUCAGCGAUUAUGUAGAGCACAAGACAAGUGCGAUGCAAAUUGGUUCAAUUUUAGGUCUUGGUUUAGCUUAUGCAGGUUCUAACAGGGAGGACGUGCUUAGCCUGAUUCUGCCUGUGCUAUCCGAUUCAAAAUCAUCAAUGGAGGUUGUUGGUGUCGCUGCGUUAGCAUGUGGUCUAAUAGCAAUUGCUUCGUGUAAUGGUGAAGUGACGUCUGUAAUUUUACAAACUAUGAUGGAACGUAGUGCUAUUGAACUCAAAGAAUACCACGGAAGGUUUCUUGCUCUUGGUCUGGGUUUAACUUAUUUAGGUAAACAGGAGUCAGUAGAUGCCACUGUUGAAACUCUAAAAGUUGUUCCGGGGACGUUUAGUCACUGGGCACGUGUCAUGGUCGAUGUGUGCGCAUAUGCAGGAACUGGCAAUGUUUUAAAAAUUCAAAAUCUCCUCCACAUCUGCUCCGAACACUACGAAAACGACAAGGAAAAGGAAGAUGAUAAGAAAAAGAAGGAUGAGAAGAAGGAGACCUCAAGCAAAGAUGAGAAAAAAACUGACGAAAAGAAGACAGGGAAAAACGAGGAGGAAAAAUCCGAUACAACAGAAGCUGAAGCAAAAGACGGUUCACAUCAAGGUAUUGCAGUGCUGGGUAUAUCUGCUAUAGCUAUGGGUGAAGAUAUUGGUAUUGAGAUGGCUAUGAGGGCUUUUAAUCAUUUACUCCAAUACGGUGAACCUGUCAUACGAAGAUCUGUACCUCUUGGUCUUGCACUGAUAUCAGCUUCAAACCCCCGACUGACUGUUGUUGACACACUCAGCAAGUUUUCUCAUGAUCACGAUGCUGAAGUAGCGCACAAUUCAAUAUUCGCCAUGGGUGUGGUCGGAGCAGGUUCAAAUAAUGCUCGUUUGGCUGGUAUGUUACGACAGCUAGCUUUAUAUUACCACAAAGAUGCUAAUAAUCUAUUCAUGGUUAGGAUAGCACAGGGAUUGGUUCAUCUUGGCAAAGGCACUUUAACAGUGAGUCCAUAUCAAUAUGAUCGCACGUUUAUGUCGCCUGUGGCUGUUGGUGGUUUGAUGGCCACACUUACUGCAUUUUUUGAUGUCAAGCAAACAAUUCUCGGCAAAUCUCAUUAUCUACUGUAUUCUCUCGUGUCUGCUAUGCAACCGAGGAUGUUAGUCACGCUUGAUACUGAUCUUAAGGCUCUACCAGUACAUGUCCGAGUUGGUCAGGCUGUUGAUGUAGUCGGUCAAGCUGGCAAGCCAAAAUCUAUCACAGGUUUUCAAACACACACAACACCAGUUCUGCUUGCGCAUGGUGAACGAGCUGAACUUGCUACCGACGAAUACAUCGCAUUGACUCCUGUUCUGGAGGGUUUCGUUAUUUGUAAAAAGAAUCCGGAAUACGAUCCCGAAGACACGCACUGACGUUCUACCACGCGAGUUUUAUAAACACUGGUUACACCAUUUCUUAGUUGCUUCGAAUGGCCAAUUUUGUACCGAGCUUUCUCGAAAAGUUUUAAGUGUUGAAUUCGUGAAAAGAAAGAAAAAAAAUACAGGAAAAAAAUGUUUAGUGAUUUUUA